AUGGCUACUCGGGUAGACCGAAAGUCCAAAGUGCUCAGUCGGCGGGAGAUUGAGGCCCAGAUUGCCAAUGGACGCUCUAUAGUGAUAGUAGACAACAAGGUCUUGAAGGUCGACGCAUGGUUGCCAUAUCAUCCAGGCGGUGACAAAGCAAUACUUCACAUGGUUGGACGCGACGCAACGGACGAGGUCACUCGAUUUCACUCUGCGCAAACGCUCGAGUCCAUGAACCGCUACCAGAUUGGCCGCAUCGAAGGACGCUGGAAGAACUUCUUGCCGCCGAUCCAAGGAGGAAAGUUUAGGACACAAGAAGAACUGGAUAGACUAUCAGACGAAGAAUAUGCGGAAUCAUACUCCUGGUCUGAGCAAGAGACAGUUAGCUCGGCCUCUUCUGCGGAUAACAGCCCGCUUUUCGAACCGGCCGACAAGUCUUCUGCGUCGAUUCGUAAACGCAACGGGGACGGCAUUGGCAGAGCUUCUUCGAUCUCCAGUGUUUCUUCGGUCGAGCUCGACCAAGAAAAGAUUGUCCCAAAGAUGUCAGUGCUCGACAGGCGAACACAAGAAGAGCUGGACUUCGACAAGGCCAAAUACCCGUCCCUAGACCCUGCCACCCAAGACGCCAUCACGCAAAAAUACCGAGAGCUACAAGUACGGAUAAAGCGGGAGGGACUCUAUGAUUGCAACUAUACCGCGUAUGGCAUUGAAUGCUUACGCUAUGCAUCUUUUUUGUGCGCAUUCCUAUUCCUUCUGCGGUCGGGUUGGUACAUCACUAGUGCUAUUCCACUUGCGUGUCUUUGGCACCAGCUCACAUUCACCGUCCAUGAUGCUGGACACAUGGGCAUUACCCACGACUUUACGACCGACUCAACUAUCGCAAUGUUUAUCGCCUCGUACAUGGGCGGUCUCAGCGCUUGUUGGUGGAAGUACAACCACAAUGUACACCACCUCGUCACGAAUCAUCCCGAACACGAUCCUGACAUUCAGUACAUUCCUUUCUUCUCAAUCACCCAUCGAUUCAUGGAGAGUCUCACAACGACCUUCUACGAAUGGGUCAUGGAGUACGAUGCCUUUGCAAAAGUCAUGAUUCGGGUCCAGCACUAUACGUAUUACCCAAUCAUGCUGUUCGCACGCUUCAACCUUUACAGGUUAUCAUGGAUGUAUCUGCUCCUUGGUAAAGGCCCUAAGAAAGGCCCCGCUUGGUGGCAUCGCUACUUCGAGAUCGUCGGCAUGGUUGUCUUUUGGACUUGGUUCGGCUAUGGGGUCGUAUACAAGUCUAUACCAGACAACAGCAGUCGCAUCUGGUUCGUGCUGAUUGUGCAUGCACUGACCUCGCCGCUUCACAUACAGAUUACCCUGUCUCACUUCGCAAUGAGCACAGCAGAUCUAGGAAUCCACGAGUCUUUUGCCCAGAAGAUGCUACGAACGACCAUGGAUGUCGACUGCCCGCAAUGGCUUGACUUCUUCCAUGGUGGCUUGCAAUUUCAAGCCAUUCAUCAUCUGUAUCCUCGCAUCCCCAGGCACAAUCUACGCAAGACACAGAAGUUGGUGCAAGACUUCUGUAACGAGGUCAACAUACCAUAUGCGUUAUAUGGCUUUGUAGAUGGCAAUAAGCUGGUCGUAGGGCGGCUGGCUGAUGUAGCAAGGCAGGCCGCCAUCUUCGCCCAGUGCCAGCGGACGAUAGUUGCAGAAGGUGAUUAUGGAAUACAUUGA